UUAGGGGACUACGUUUUUUAAAAUAAAUUGAGAAUUAGCCUUAUUUACUUUAUGAAUCUGAUUUUCAUCAUUAAAAGGUUUUAUUUUUUUCAUGCAUGACAGCAAUUUCUCAUUUCAUUUUUGGAAAAUCCUAGCAGCUUUCCGUCAAAUGAUUGAUUAGGAGAUUUUAAUUUAAGUUUUCUUUCAGACAUUUUUGAAUUAUAAGCAGCAUGCAUAUCUGUGCAGAGAGAAAGAGAGGAAGUGUGUGUGUGUGCAUGUGUACGUGUGUGUGUGCACGCGCGUUUGUUUUGUGGUUAUACAGUGAUUUAAAAACUUGCUCCUAAGCAAUGUCUUCAAGGUGCAAAUUCAGCUCAUAAAGUGAGAAGGCAUUCUGUUGAGGAAACCGUUUUCUUCGCUCUUUUGUUUUUGCUUUGUAUGUGUUUGGUACUCGCAAAAGAGAAGGCGCCUUCUGCUCUUCCCACAAGAGUGAGCGGGGCAGCAUUUCCUUCUCCCCGCGCUGCUGAGAUGGCGGAAAUUAGUCGAAUUCAGUAUGAAAUGGAAUACACCGAAGGUAUUAGUCAGCAGAUGAGGGUCCCGGAAAGAUUAAAGGUAGCGCCACCAAAUGCUGAUCUGGAGCAAGGAUUCCAAGAAGGAGCUCCGAAUGCUAGCGUCGUUAUGCAGGUUCCAGAGAGGAUCGUUGUGGCAGGAAAUAAUGAAGACAUUCCAUUUGCAAGACCAGCGGAUCUUGACCUUAUACAGUCAACUCCCUUUAAACCUCUGGCACUGAAAACCCCGCCUCGUGUACUAACACUAAGUGAAAGACCGCUAGAUUUUCUGGAUUUAGAAAGGCCUCCUGCAACCCCGCAAAAUGAAGAAAUCCGUGCAGUUGGCAGGCUAAAAAGAGAGCGCUCCAUGAGUGAGAACGCCGUUCGCCCAAACGGACAGCUGCUCAGAGCUGACUCAAUGUGGCACAGAUCAUAUUCUGCCCCAAGAAAUAAAAUGUCAAGGUUCCAGGCACCGAUUUCUGCACCGGAGUACACUGUGACACCGGCGCCCCAACAGGUCCGGGCCUGUCUUCCCCAAACAUUACCUGAAGGUGGAGCUAAUCUUCCCUCCGCUCGAGGCAUUUUGUCGCUUAUCCAGUCUUCCACUCGUAGGGCUUACCAGCAGAUCUUGGAUGUGUUGGAUGAAAAUCGCAGUGUGAGAAGACAAAAUGAAAUACGUUGUGAAAGACCCGUGUUGCGGGGUGGGUCUGCUGCCGCCACUUCUAAUCCGCAUCAUGACAACGUCAGGCAUGGCAUGUCACAUAUAGAUGCAACAAUUGAAGGAACUUCGGACGACAUGACUGUUGUAGAUGCAGCUUCAUUAAGACGGCAGAUAAUCAAACUAAAUAGACGUCUACAACUUCUAGAAGAGGAGAACAAAGAGCGCGCGAAGAGAGAAAUGGUCAUGUAUUCGAUUACUGUAGCGUUCUGGCUGCUUAACAGCUGGCUCUGGUUUCGCCGCUAGAGGUAACCUCGGCUCUGGAAAAUUCUGUCUCAACAGCUGGAAACAUAAAGAACUUGCAAACUUCUCUGUUUCUGUGUUUGCAUUGUAUGCCGUUUUAUAGUCCGUGCCCUGCCCGUGUAUUUCUUCCAGAAAGGAGGGGGGAAGGUCUGAUAACUUGGGGAAGUAAAGGCCCAUUCUCUCCCUCCGCUGUGGUCACUGUCAAGCAGUUCUGCAGUAACACGCGCACACUUCACAUUCUCCCUUUGCAUGUUUUGUAAAUAGGCUCUAGUUUGUUUUUCUUUAAGGGAAAUGAUUUUUGCCUCAUCAGUCCGCACAAUUAAUUCUCUGAAUGGGAAAGAGAGUGCAUAGUGAGUGGAUUUAGAAAAGUAUCUGUAAAAGAAGACUAGUCCUUUAUUUUGUCCUGUUUCUCAAACGCGAUUAAGUGAAACAGUUCCGUCAAUAGACAUUUUUGCAUCCACACUUCAGCGUUCGCGCUUCCAUAGUCAUGGUCUGGUAUCAGGUUUAAUGAAGUCAAGGCGCCUCAUGUUUUACAGUCACCUUCGUUAAAAUAAUUCCUGACAUUUCCAGCAGUUUAUCUAAUACAUGUGUAAAAUGUGCAUUCUUAUUUUUAUUUUAAUUUUGCAGAUGGUUUUCUAUAAAGUAUGUUUUUACUAAGCCCCGUGUGAAUGAUUUAAAAAACCACAGAAUAAGGUACAAAUGUAGUGUAUUUAAUAAACUGUCAACAAAAGCAA